GUGCUGUCAUUCAGUGUCACUUGUUCUCGUGCUUCUAGGAGGAUCAACACUGAAAUGUCUUCAAGGCGCUCCUCUGUCACAUCUGGGGGGCGCUCCUCUGUCACAUCUGGGGGGCACUCCUCUGUCACAUCUGGGAGGCACUCCUCUGUCUCAUCUGGGAGAGCCAGCACUCCCUGUAAUACUCAUCAACGGCCAUUGAUUGUCUUCUGCCAACAGUGUGGAAAGCCACUGUGCGACAGCUGCUUGUCCAGUGGCGAACACCGCAACCAUGAGUUAUCACGUCUUCCAGACGCAUGCAAGAAAGAAAUGGACGAACUUAUGAAGAACAGCAAAGAACUGACAAAGAAUAUCAGAAAGCAAGGCAAUUUUACUACACAAGCAUCAAUCAACCACAGACUUAAACUUAUAGAGGACAACUUUAAUAAAUCCAAAGAGAACAUAGAAGCUCAGUUCAUGGACCUGAAAGACCUUCUGGAGGCAAACAGAAGGCAUGUCUUCAAACUCUUAAACGCACAGAAGGACCACACGAAGGCACAACUCCGUGAGAUCAAGCAAUAUGGAGAGAAUGAGAUAGCAGACAUCCAUGAGAAACUGGAACAGUUUCGCAUCCAGAUAGGACAGGACCCGAACAGUGUGCUGUGUUCUGCUGUGCUGAAAGAAUGCAUGGAACAGGAAAAAAGAAUUGAAAUCAUUGGAAAGAGUUUAGUUGACUGGGAGGAGCCUAAGUACGAUGAUCUCAGACUGAAAUCAUUGGAGAAGUCUGUCGAUGCAAUUGUGAAGAAGAGCAAGGCUUGUCUCCAAUACCCAUGGGAAUUUGCUGACUUCAUCACAUUUGACAAAGCUACAGCACAUGAAAAGCUGAGAGUAUCUGAGAAUAAUAGACAGGUGACUGUCUUUGCCAAGGAUCUGCGGAGUAAAAGUCAACCAAACCAACUUCCGGAUCCCCUAUUGCAUGUCCUGGCUGAACAGUCUUUCACAGCUGGUCAGCACUACUGGGAGGUGGACGUGCGAGGGUGUCGGAGCUGGGCGGUGGGUGUGGAGGGAGAGGAGGAAGAGGAAGGCAGGCAGGCUGGGACGUCCCCACUGGGACACAAGAAGCUGUCCUGGAUGCUGGAGUCGGAUGCAGGCAUGCUGUCAGCGCUGCAAAACGAUGUUUCCACCCCGGUGAGAGAGCAGGAUCUCUCCUUCAUCGGCUUGUUCCUUGACUAUGAUAAGGAGCGCCUGACGUUCUACAACGUUGCCACUGAUACUGUGAUGCACAACUUUGUGUUCCGCCGUGGCACGAAGAUGCGGCCUGCGUUCAACAUCACCCCCGAGGGAGACGAGUCAUCCUUUCUGGUCCUGUGUGACCUUUGUGAGGAGGACAGGCCUGAAAGUCCAGCAGAUAUGGUUGACUCCAGUGUGGAAUCGCCAAACCAGAGGGGUGAGGAGGACAGGCCCGAAAGUACGGCAAGUACCGGUGUAACUGAAUCCAGUGUGGGCUCAGCAAAUGCCACCAAUGAUCCUCCAGGGCCCACCCUCACCUGAGUCCUGCAGUUUUUAUCUUCUGACUACCGGAGAACAAACUUAGUCUUUUUAACUUUUAAAUGAUUAAUUUCCAAUUUAAGUAGCCUAUAUGUAUAUAGUAUAUAUGUCUCUGUAAAGCACUUUGAGCUGUCCAUAUAAAUUAAAUAAACUAAAUAAUUGUGCCUACUCUGCCUUGAAUUUAGUCUUUUUUUAAAUUGGCUUCAGAGCAACUGAUUAACACGGAAAAGCCAACCAACAACUAACCUCCUCUACAGGUUAAUUUGAUUAUGGUGGCACAAUGGUGUUAUGAAAAUCAUAAAUGCAUUUGAAGAAUGAAGAAGUUCCUCUUCACUAACAUUGGCACUAGUCAAAGUAUUUCCCAGUAAUAGGUACAUUUAUUGCACUUCUGCUCGAGAUCUGAACAUACACAACACAUUAUACAGCACACAAUUAGACAAGGGCACAUGAUAGUAGUACAUUUGUGUAUCUGAUACAGUAAUUUCCUGUGUAUAAGCCACAUUGUGUAUAAGCUGCAGGACAGUGUUUAAUGCAAAUUAAAAAAACAAAACCAUAUUAAUACCAUAUGAACUGCCCCCCUGUAUUAACCUCUUAGCUGAAGAAAUAUUGCAAAAUCAAUGUAUAAGCCGCGGCUAAUAGUUGGGAAGUUACGGUAAUUACAUGACCUGUUUUCCAGAAGAAAUGUAAUAAGGUUUACUGUUUUUGUUUUACUAUGUUAUAGUGUUUUAUAAUUUUGUCACAAUAUAUUCCAUGACCUUUAUCCUGACCCUAAGAAAAAGCUCAAUUACAAAGAUGGACAAAUACCGGCCUUUAGGAUGUGGGGUCGGUGCAUUUUUCACUUUUUGUCAGAGAAGAUCAGAGAUAUAAAUUAUAUAUUAAAAUUAUGAAUAAUACUGCUCAAACAGUACAUUAAAUGAUAAACAUCUUUAUA